AGUUAGCAUUCUCUGACUCUUCACUCUUAAUGUUGACCCAUGUUAGGAUAUUGAAUUUUCUCCCUUGGGCUGGCUACUUUUGGAGUUUUCUGCAAAAUGUUACGAGUGAAUAUGCUGCUUUUCUUUGAGAAAACCGUGUUACUGGACGAACAGUGCAAUGACCCCCAAGCUCCUCUUGUGACCAAAUGCCCCAGACCUCCCCCCCCCCCCCCCAAACUUCAAAGGCUAUUUCUUCACUGAUUCUUCCCUGUUCUUCGCCCCACCCCUCAGGCGCUGGCCCCGCCCCCAGCUCCAUCCCCACGGCCGCGCCCACAUCCACACCCACCCCGAACCGCAGGAGACCCCAGCUGACUCCGUCUCCCUGUCCUCUCACCUCCUCCCGCAGGUUACGGGCACGCUGCUCCGGGCACGGACGCGGGCAAGGCCUUCUGCAUGUUCUACGCGGUGCUGGGCAUCCCGCUGACGCUGGUCAUGUUCCAGAGCCUGGGCGAGCGGAUGAACACGUUCGUGCGCUACCUGCUGAAGCGCAUCAAGAGGUGCUGUGGCAUGCGCAACACGGAGGUGUCCAUGGAGAACAUGGUGACCGUGGGCUUCUUCUCCUGCAUGGGGACGCUGUGCAUCGGGGCGGCCGCCUUCUCCCAGUGCGAGGAGUGGAGCUUCUUCCACGCCUACUACUACUGCUUCAUCACGUUGACUACCAUUGGCUUUGGGGACUACGUGGCCCUGCAGACCAAGGGCGCCCUGCAGAGGAAGCCGCUCUACGUGGCCUUUAGCUUUAUGUAUAUCCUGGUGGGGCUGACGGUCAUAGGGGCCUUCCUCAACCUGGUGGUCCUCAGGUUCCUGACCAUGAACAGCGAGGACGAGCGGCGGGACGCCGAGGAGCGGGCGUCCCUCGCCGGCAACCGCAACAGCAUGGCCAUCCACAUCCCCGAGGAGGCGCGGCAGGGCCGGCCCCGGUACAAGGCGGACGCGGCGGACCUACAGUCCGUGUGCUCCUGCACCUGCUACCGCCCGCAGGAAUACGGUGGCCGCUCGGCGGCGCAGCAGAACUCCUUCAGCACCAAGCUCGCCCCCCAGUACUUCCACCCCAUCUCUUACAAGAUCGAGGAGAUCUCACCAAGCACAUUAAAAAACAGCCUCUUCCCGUCCCCUAUUAGCUCCGUUUCUCCCGGGUUACACAGCUUUACUGACAACCACAGGCUGAUGAGACGGCGGAAGUCCAUCUAGGGUCUGGGGAGGGAAACACAAACAAGUCAUUUGUCAUAGCUGACGUUAAGUCUCAUUGGCCCACCUUGUCUUAUUUAUUGAUUAUGGUUAUAUCCUUUAUUGUUAUGAUUAUUGUCAUCAUUUUUUCUUUCUCUCCUUCCCUCUUUCUUGGUUUCAUUUCUUCCCCACCUUCCCAGCGAGACAGAGCAGGCCAAAGGGAAAAAAGGAAAGGCCCGUCUUCCUGUGAAACUCGCAUCUGAGCAUGAAGCAUGGAUUUCUUCCUUCUUCCCAGCAAAGUAUGCCUUACAUUUCUCCCCAGCCCGCCCCACCUCUGGGGUGGCUUUCCCAGGACAGGUGUGAGACCCAGACAAGGAGACAGAGCCCAGAGGAUACCUGACCCAAAGUUGCACACGCGGCUGAGAGCCUCGAGUGCCCACCCACAGUGGUGUCUCUGACCCAACUCCUUUCUCUUUUCCUCCCCAAGCAGUGGGUGGCCGAAUGUGUGUGGUCUGAGUGUGUGUGAAUGAGUGCACACACCAGUGUGCUUCUGAUGUGACAGAAUGGAAAGUAUCAGGUAUUCAUCCUUCUUCUCCGUCACACAAUUUUGUUAAUAGCCUGCUUUCGGCCGCUUCCAAACAAAACGGGAAAACAAACAAAACCCACGAGGUUUCUGAUUUAUCAUCUUGCCAAAUCAUGCAUGUUCCACAAGCAGUCUUUAUCCCAGAUACGUCAUGACCACAUUUUUAAAACGCUAGAUUCUAAAUUAUAUUAACUUCUUUUUAGGGGGUGGGUGGGCAAGCCGACACGGAUCAUUUUAGCUUGCCAGUUCAAAAAUUUUUUAAACAAGCAUGCACUUUGUUAAACUGGUAUGCGUUAUCAACACAAGAAAACAAAACUAGCAAUGGAAUAAUCAAAAGCCAAUAAUAUUAAUUUAUCAGAGACAUUUUUAAUUUCACCACCUCUAGUUCCAACGAUUUUCCGUGUAACUGGACGUGUUGGGGAAACUGGAAAACUGUUGCAACCACAGAGUAUCUUAUUCUCUCUUAUUUGUGUGAUGAUGAUGACUUGUGUAGCAUCUACCUACAUGAGUAAGAACUACAGUUCGGGAUGCUUGGGUGAGAAUGGGUAUUGGUAAGUGGACGUGGUUUCUUUUCCUAAUGAAAAACGACAGGGCAUUCCUCAUUUUAAAGAAUAUAUAUAAUGUAUUUUAAGAAAGAUUGUCUCUAACUGCAUUUGAUUUGUAAAUAAGGGAAUGUUGAUGUUGGUCUCAGGAAGAGUUUGGAGGCAAGGAGCUGCGUCUUGGCCUGCUGGGAACUUGUCAGUCUCGGGGUGAUUUUUUUCCUGAAUAGUGGAGAAAUUCCUCCCCACUCUCAAUAGGGGAUGACCCCAAAGGGAAGGCCUGCUAACAUCCUUGGGGGGCGGGGCUAUAGAACAUAGCACAUUGGAGGCCCUUUCCAAGACAGGAAUAAAGCAAAGUCUCACCUGCAGAUUCACGGGGGGACCUUCAUUUCCCUCAUCACUGUCUCGGCCAUUUCUAAAAAUCAGCCAUCCUCACUUCCCUUUUUCAAAUUCUUCCAGCUCUUGGACAGCAAUGGGCUUUGGCUGGGCUGCCCAGGCGCGGAUAAUCUUUGAUCUAUAAAAGAGAGAGAGGCACUGAGAGGGUGAGUGAUUUGCUCAACGUCAGAGAGCUGGUCUUUGCUAGAACUGAGACAUUAGUCUCGGUCCGGACCCCAAAAGGGUCCAAGGAGCUGUGACCCCACCACACUAUGGCACCCUCAUUCAGCCCUCAGAUGAGGGAACUUGCAUCUUUCUCCACAGCUAAGUGUACCAGGCUUUUAGAGUCAGUUAGAGGUACACGGGUUCAACCCUUCACUCAGAACUGUUCCCCUCACCAUGUACAGUGGUCAUAAAGUGACCUACUUCUGCUUGAAUGCUUCCAGUGACAGGGAGCUCCUCCCUUCGCAGGGAAGUUUAGAAAACAUCCCAUAAUCUCUCUUCCCACAGAGCUGACUCUUCUUUGUAGGAUUAAGGAUGGUAAGAUGAAGUCUUUCCUGUUUGCAGGAUGACCACCAACUUAAGUGUCUGAAGCAACUUGGAAUUUCUCUUGGUUCCAUAUCCUAGCCCCCCCCCAACCCCCUGCCCUUUGCUACCAGCUCAGCCCCUGAAGGACACGUACCGAGUCUUCUGUUCCAAAGGUAAACAUCCUUGUUUAUGCUCAGAGCGUUCGGGGGUGGAGGGGAACCUCGGUUUACUCCCCUUGUGAUGUCCUUCUUUUUCUCAGAUGCUCGAGCUCUUCCCUACCAUGCUGUCUGGCCAAGGAGUCCUCUAGGUGCCUCCAGUGAGGUGCUCUGAUGGGGGCACUGAGCCAGGAGUUCUCCAGGGUUCUCGUCUCUUGAUAAAGCAGGCCUGGGGCAUCUCCAGCUAGAGCUUGGCCCACCCCAUCAGCAUUGGAAUCCUCAAAAGCCAGGGGGAAGCUUAGUCUGAGUCACCUUGCUGAGGUCCCUCAUCUUCAGGAAAGGAAAUCGAGGUCCAGAAAGGCUGGACAUGACUCUGAGGCCCCACAGCCAGAACUUAGGUCUUCCCACUUGUUUAUCCUGCUGCUUUGUCACUGCUGUCACACCCUCCAAACAGUCCUCGUUGCUGGACUUCUCAGCAUCUCGGACCCAGGUCUCUCUUCCCCCUUCACAGCUGAUGAUUUCUUUCUUUCAGCCCAGGUUUCCCACACCUUUCUUCCAGUUGACCAUACCCACUCAGGGAGGGGGAAGAAAUCUCACCAGGUUGUUUGAAUUUGGGCCCCAACUUACGUUAGAAUGAGCUGAAGAAGAGCCACGUUCCACCAGCAUCACAGGAGGUUGGCCUGCCACGUGGUCCCUGGUGGGGGUCUAGAAAUCAACAUGCCACAUAGAUACUCAAAGAGAUUUUGGACUCUCACUUGAAUGCUUUCCAACUAGGAGAUCUCAACCCAUCCCCUCCAUCAAAGACAAAAGGAAGGUAGGCAGUGGUACCGGUUAGUCCAGCAGCUCUGAGUGCCAUGCUUUCUAGAGACCAUCCCAUUUUGAUCUUUAUGACAUCCAUCCUCGGUGGAAGGUGCUGUCAUGCCAUUGGUCUACUAGAUUCUUUACAUAGGAGUGAACCAACCCGUUUGGCUUUUGAGAUACCCAGUUAGCCCCAGAGCUGGGAUCGGAGCACUUCUUUCCAUCCACACCACUCUGUCCUGAAACUCGGGCAGCAGCCUCUUAAACACAGCAGGCUGCCUGGUGCUCUAAAUUUAAAUACUCUCUCUGAAGCAUCUGUUGUGCUCCACUGUGCAUCACCAAUUGGGAGGAGGGUACCUGCACUUUGGAAUGAUCACAGCAGAUCACUUGCAGCCCAGGAAUCCCCACUGGGUCCCUCAUCCUUCCAGCAGAGGAAGCAGAUGGACGCAGACCGCCGCCCAGGAGGCCUGGCUGUGCAGGUGCUCGUCAAAACCCAUCUGUAGGAAAGGGUGAGUUGACUGGUUAAUCUCGGUGCACCGUCGUUUGGUCUCUGCACACGGGGCCUCGGCUGGGAGAAUAUCUGGAUGGUGACUUGGAAACCUGCAGAUAAGCCCAGGCAGGUCAUUUUUCUUUGCCUCCAGAUCUGAAAGCCUUGAUUCCUAGUGAUUCCUGGUCACUAGCGGUUUGAAGCUGGAGGGAAGAAUGGUUUGGAGGCAUUCGUUGUGCACACUGAGUUUGGAGGGGAAGGUGAGAGAGAGUCAUGGUUUGUGUGGGAGCCCGGAAGGAUCCCGGCAAGGAAAGUUUGGCAGGACGGGGACCCGGUUCUCACCUCCAGCUUCACUGGGCUCCCCUGUAGCUUCCUCAUCCACACAAUGGGCCAAUGUGGGCUGAAUUUGUGAGCAUGUAGCACAAAGUCAACUUGACCGAUGGAGACAUCUGGCCUGAUGUUCUGGCCACUGGGCACACUUGAGGGUUGAGCCGCAACAUUGAAAACCCAAAAUCAUUUCGCUUGGCAGCAUCCUGGGAGCUGGGAAGAUGGCGAGUGAGUAGGCAGAGGCGUCAAGAAGGGUGGUCAUCGUGCAAACCAAGGCCCCGUGCGUGCUGGGUUCCCCAAGGCCCUGGGCAUACAUCCAUUUUAUGUGGUUAUUUCUUGAGCACACCUUAGUAGAGGUUGCUGUUUUGUGGGGAGCGGGGAGGGAAACCUAUUGCCAUGAUUCCUCCCUAUCGCCCCAACUUUCUGUUGUGAAAAUUCCAGAUUUACAGAAAACUUCCAUAUCCCUUUCACCCAGACUCACCAGCCUUCAGAACUUUGCCACGUUUGCUUAAACCACCCCCCCCCCAUUCAUACCCAGGGGCAUUUGGAGAAUGAAGUGACGUCUGCAACUUUUAGGUGGUUUGGCCGAAGGGAAAAAUUGUUUCUCUCCCGGGAACAAAAGCCUUCUCUUUGGUAACAAUGCUGUUAUCACCCUUAAGUUUAGCAGUCAUACAAUGAUAUUGUCUGAGACGCAACCCAUAUUCACAUUUCUCACGUCCCAAAAAUGUCCUCCAGGGCCUUUUUGUGAAUCUGAGAGACAAUCCAAGAUUGCAUCCCACAUUGCUUGUCUGCUCACCCCAGACUCCCCCAGUCUAGGAUGUUUUCUCCGUUUUUGUUUGUCGUGACGUUGCCACUUUGUUGUCUGAGCCAGUUCUGUUGUGGGCGGGCCCACGACCUGCCUGUUUCCUCAGGUUAAGGAAUUAAAGGUGAUGUUGUUACGAUUAAUGCGUUUGAGAAAUCUGACUCUCUGGAGACCUCUGUGAGAACCUCUCUCGUCCUAGAUAAAUAAGGCAUAUUAAGUGCUGUUCUCCUUUGCUGGAGACACGAACUGAAGCUGUAGGAAAGGCGUCCAGGAGCCCCUGGAUGCUGGGUCUCGUCACCACAGCCGAGCAAGGCUCUGCUGUUUCUAACUUCUCACGUGGAUCUCUCUUCUCUGCUGAGAGUCAGCAAUCUUUCCCCUAAACACCUGUGGGGAUGACGCAGCCAUAAAUAGACAUAAAGCACCAAGACAUUCUUUCAUGGGUUGUGAAGGGUAGCAAGUGUAGCCCAGUAGAGUAGUUGGAAGGAUGCCCAUAGGCCAGUGGGGUACUCGGCACCCAGUUGCUUCUCAUCUCUGUUUGAGAUGUGUGUUUGCACUGGCAAGUUCUAUAGCAUGGCCUUCUCAGUUCUGGUAACACAGAGCAACCCACUGGCUGAGGCACGGUCCCUUUAAUUUUGAUCAAGAAAAUAUGUCCAUACAGAUUCCCGCCUCUGAGCCUUUGCCCAUUCUGUUCCCGCUACCUGGAAGGUAUCCCUGCUGCUCUCCAGCACGGAGGUGGAGAUGGGAGCAUACUUUAAAAGCUCCUCCUGACUAUUUGUUCCAUGAGGGACUCAAUGAUGUCCUCCUCUGGGGUCCCCAGUCCUUCUUUCUAUCAUGGACAAAUACACCGGGAAGCAAACCUCCAGUGACCCGGCCAUAGGAGCUAUACGUUCCGGGCAGCGCCCACAGCAGGGCAUAAAGACAAUCAGACUUCCAGCAUCUUGCCUAGAUGGCCACUCGUCACUGUCGUCAAGGCACAUCUUAACGUCACUGCCAGACUUUGUUCCAUCCCUGGAAACCGAUGCACAUCCACGGGAUGAAAACCAUCACCCCACCGUUGGCGAUUCAGAGGCAGUUGCCUGGCAGAGUUGGGUGGGCCACGUGCAAUAGGGCCACAAGCUGUCCACAGCUGGGCAUUUCCCAUAGAGCAGGAGAUCGGUACAUCUUCAGAUGCCAGCGGCACGCUUGUGACAUUUUGCCCUGGAGUGAGUGAGCCCUUGAUGCGAGUGUCAACAGGAACCAGGGCAGCACCGUUUUCUCAGGGGAGUACUUCCGGUAGAGGCUGAGUGGGGUGGGGCACACACGGCGAGGGACAGGAUCCCCGGCCUCGGCUCUGCACCUGCCCAGCGCUCGCUCUGGGGCCCUGAGACAGGACAGGGCAGGCUCUUCUUUCUCUGCAGAGCAGCGUGAGGGAAUAAAGCUGCAUGCACACCUGGGACCGGCUUCUGCCGUUCACAGGCAGGUGGUGGUUUUGCCUCUCUGAGCCUCUGUGUUCCAGCCUUUAAAGUUGGAGAUUUCAGAUAAACCCCACUGCACAGGGUGCCUACAAGAACAGCAUGUGGCAACAUCGGGCGCCUGUUCUGAGCAGAGUGCCGAGCUAGAGUUCUUAACACCGCUUGCAUUUCUCCUAAAGGCCGGUCCAAGGCUCCUGCAAGCUUACUCCCGGGCACUUGACUAAGUCCAGCUAUGGAAAGAGGUGAUCAGUCUGGUGGAGGAACGCAGGCAGGGCUUCAGGGAGGAAUUGGCUUUUGGUAAUCUUUGAGGAGAGGCUUGAAGGAGCAAGUGGGCACUGUUGCAUGGGCAGAGGCCCAGGCGUGGGAAGGGGCAGGGAGCAGCGAUUUCACCCAGUGCUCCGUGGCUUCCCUAACACAGAGCCACACCUGAAAGAUGAGUCAGUGAGCUGUCAAGGCCCUUCACAAGCUGGUCACACCUUAAGUCAUCCAGGCUACUCUCCUGCUCAAGAACCUUCCAUGGCUCCCCAGUGCCCACACAUUUUAUUUCAAGGUCCUUCGCUCUAACACCCAGAGCCUGAGCCUUGGGCUCUGAUGGAGGAGCUAUCCAUCCUGAUAUCCCUACUGGGUUCUCCUCUGAUUACAAAAGUCUGAAACUAGAUCCCGGAGUCUCAUCCAAUUUGAAUCCUGUGGCGUCCUAUUCUUCAGGUGGAGGUUUUCUUCCUUCUUCUGGACGUUAGGUCUAAUUUGCAUAUGGGAAUAUUUCUGGAUAAGAUCCACUUGGUCUUUCAUUUAAGCAUCCUGGGGGCUUGUUCUGGUGCAGACUUCCAACAGCUUGAGCAAAGAUUAGCAUGAAACCACUAAAAGGAAAAUGUAUAAUUCUUGGGCUUCCUUGGCGUGAAGAAUUCGCUGUUUCCCGAGACUCUGGGAGCAACAGAUUUUGUGACUGCCUGUGACCAGGAAUCAGGGAUGGAGAGAGGAGAAGAGGACGCACUUGAGGGCAAGGUAACUUUUUACUUGGAGAGUUUUUAUUCUCCACAUCAUCCCAUCACUCUCGGAUCCUAACUUCAGCCUCUUGGAGGCUCCAGUCGAGUUGCCUGGGGACCCCUACCAUCCAGAGAGCAGCUCUUGAUCUUGAAGGGGGAGGUCUUGUGAAGUUUAGCUAUAAGCCUCGACCACUACAAACAUAAAACCUCAGCUUUGCCCCUUCCAGCUCCUGAGCACUGGGGGGUGGAGGCCUCAGGGCCUUCGUAAGCACCCACCCGGGCAACAGCUUUCUUUCCUUCCUCUUUGUAAUCAGGCCAAGUGGCCUUGGGCAAGUCACUUCCUCUCCGACAAAGGAUGGAAUGGCCAGGGGAGAGGCAGAUGCUGGUGAAGAUGACAGGAGGUCAGUGUCAUUAUGUUCCAUGCUCUUGGUUGACAUUUCUUUGCGGGGGGGGGGGUGCUUUGGAGGCAGGAUGGCCAAGUCCUCCCAAGCAUAGGGUUCCUGAGCGGGGCCAGCUCCUUCCCCCUGGGGAACGUCACAUUUUCCAGGUAGAGUUGUUCUAUAACCCUCCUCGCACCAAAGAAUCAUGUCUUUACCCAGCUCCUCUGACCCUUCUGUUGACGGGUUCUCCUUUGUGGCCCUGCUCAGUCCCACGUGGACCAAAUGCUUGGCGAUGGGGGGGGUGGGGCGGGCAUUGCCCAGUGAACCAAAGUCCCCCCUUUGCCUGACAAACCUUGGGGAAGUCCUACCUUUCCUUAACCUGAGAGAUCAAAGCAGCUACUGAUGUGAGCUGCAACAGUGGCUCUGCAGGGCCCCCUCUGAGCAGUACUCCCUGCUGAUUGAUUCACUUAUCCAGCGAUUAUUUAUAGAGCUUUUGGGCAUCUGCCAUCAGCCUCAGUGAGAGGCCAUUGUGGUGAACUGGACGGUCAAGUUCUGUGGCCUCAUAAGGCUAAAAUUCCACUGGAUCACAUGCUCCCAAGAUGCACAAGUUCUAGAAACAGAGUCAGAUGAGCACUUCUUGGAAUCAGAACCUGGCUCAGCUAUUGCUGCACUUUCUUGAGCUGAAUUUUAGAAGUUGGGUAGAAAAAUAAAAAUCGAAUGAAAGGCAAAACACGAUUAGUGGGAAUCCAGUGAAGCAGAACCCACAAUUAACCAGAUUUCUCUAUAAUUUGAUGGCUCCUCAGAGAAGAACAUGGUCCUGAAAAAGGCUAAUUACAUAUUUGUUUAUUCAGCCCACAAAUAGCAUUUUGACAGCCGUCUGGGGCUGGAAGGGACCUCCAGAGGCCUCCUCAGUCCACCCUGUGCUUUAUCAGAAAUCUCCACGGAACAGAAAAUGCAUUGGAUUAGGUGAUGCUGUUGGCCUUACUGAGUGAAAUUUAAAUAGGAAAACAGACUAACCCCACCUGGAAGGUCUGAGGCUCUCUCGCUUGUCCAUAAUGUUGAUCAGAAGGCUUGUAAUUAAACAAACAGAGGAGACACAGGAAAGAUGUCAAAGAGGAUGAGAUUUUAAGUCACUGAACCGCUUAACAAGAAGGAAGAAUUUCUAGUCUAUUCCCAGCAGGCCAAGAAAUUGCUGAUACUCCCUCUACCAUGUACACUUUUUAACUUAGCCAACCGUGUAUCCUUGUACCUCAAACAUUAAACAUUUAAAAAGUGUCAUUUGUGACCCUAGGCAUAGAAGAAGUUAAGCUUGAAUUAGGUGCAAACUCACACCCGUUAAAAUGAUUGGCCUAUAUGCACAGGGAGUUCAUUCUGGGAGUUGGGGGCACAAAGGUGUGAUACUCACUUAUUCAUCUGGGGCGCGCGCGUGUAUGCACUGACCGGGUAUCUUUGGGUCUCUGGAGUUUUUUCUUUCUUCUUGGCAUCGCUGGACGUUUUCAUGACUGCAUGCUAAAAGGACCUGGGUUUGUUCUGAUGGCGAUGCUGCUGCUGGAAGGCCUCCAGAACAUUCCCGAGGAGUGAUGGAGAUCAGGAAGUUUCUAGCAGAAGCUGGGUCAGCCUGGCCACAGGCCAGGAGGAUGGAACGGUUUGUCCCGAACCCCUAGCAGGGCUCUCCCUUCCCACGUUGGUGGGCGUUUGGGAUUGGAUGGCAGGCCCAACUGUGGUCAAGGCAUCAGACCUUGGGUGGGAAGCCGCACCAGUGAUCCCAACUGGACCACAGUGAACCAGUUUCAAAGAAGCCUACUGUUCCUGUUCGUUUUCCUUUUGUUUAUCUUCUCUGGCCUUCUCCACCCGUGGAGAGGGCGCCUUCACAAAUGGCCUUAGAAUGCCGUUCUGAAGUUUAACAGAAUGAGACAACCAUCAAAUGAAUAUCAGAGGUAUUUACUAUCGCAGCUUAUCUGAAAAAUGAAAAACAAAAACAAAACAAAACUGUAUCACCAAUGUUUACAAGUCCAAGUAGACAUCCAGCCCAUGUAAAAUAUGUAAUUUAUGCAAGGGAUUGCAUCUUUCUUUUGUAACGAAUGCACUAAGCAACCCUGUAUAUAUUUUACAAUGUCUUUACAGAAAAAAGAAAAUCAUUUACUGUAGUGUUGUAAAAUAAUGCACUUUUCUAAUUUUUUCAUUAAAAUCUCUAUGG